ACCCCACCCCCCUCUCCUCUCCUCCUCCUCUUUUUUAGAAGCCGCGAUCGGAGAUGGAUGUCUCUCUUUGCCCAGCCAAGUGUAGUUUCUGGCGGAUUUUCUUGCUGGGAAGCGUCUGGCUGGACUAUGUGGGCUCCGUGCUGGCUUGCCCUGCAAAUUGUGUCUGCAGCAAGACUGAGAUCAAUUGCCGGCGGCCGGACGAUGGGAACCUCUUCCCCCUCCUGGAGGGGCAGGAUUCAGGGAACAGCAAUGGGAACGCCAGCAUCAACAUCACGGACAUCUCAAGGAAUAUCACUUCCAUACACAUAGAGAACUGGCGAGGUUUGCACACGCUGAAUGCCGUGGACAUGGAGCUCUACACUGGCCUCCAAAAGCUGACCAUCAAGAACUCAGGACUUCGGAGCAUCCAGCCCAGAGCCUUUGCCAAGAACCCCCACUUGCGCUACAUAAACCUGUCGAGUAACCGGCUCACCACACUCUCAUGGCAGCUCUUCCAGACGUUGAGUCUUCGGGAAUUGAGACUGGAGCAGAACUUCUUCAACUGCAGCUGUGACAUCCGCUGGAUGCAGCUGUGGCAGGAGCAGGGGGAGGCCAAGCUCAACAGCCAGCACCUCUACUGCAUCGGUGCCGACGGCUCGCAGCUGCCCCUGUUCCGCAUGAACAUCAGCCAGUGUGACCUUCCUGAGAUCAGUGUGAGCCACGUGAACCUGACCGUUCGAGAGGGCGACAACGCUGUCAUCACGUGCAAUGGCUCUGGAUCCCCUCUGCCCGACGUAGACUGGAUAGUCACGGGACUGCAGUCCAUCAACACCCACCAGACAAAUCUGAACUGGACCAACGUACACGCCAUCAACCUGACCCUGGUCAAUGUGACAAGCGAGGACAAUGGCUUCACUCUGACGUGCAUCGCGGAGAACGUGGUGGGCAUGAGCAACGCCAGUGUGGCCCUCACCGUGCACUACCCCCCACGCGUGGUGAGCCUGGAGGAGCCCGAGCUGCGUCUGGAGCACUGCAUCGAGUUCGUGGUGCGGGGCAACCCGCCGCCCACGUUGCUCUGGUUGCACAACGGGCAGCCGCUGCGGGAGUCCAAGAUCACGCAUGUGGAGUACUACCAGGAGGGCGAGGUGUCCGAGGGCUGCCUGCUCUUCAACAAGCCUACGCACUACAACAACGGCAACUACACCCUCAUCGCCAAAAACCCGCUGGGCACGGCCAACCAGACCAUCAACGGCCACUUCCUCAAGGAGCCCUUCCCAGAGAGCACGGAUAACUUUGUCUCCAUCUACGACGUGAGCCCCACACCCAUCACGGUGACCCACAAACCGGAGGAAGACACUUUUGGGGUGUCCAUCGCCGUGGGACUUGCUGCUUUUGCCUGCGUCCUGUUGGUGGUUCUCUUCAUCAUGAUCAACAAGUACGGUCGGCGGUCCAAAUUUGGAAUGAAGGGGCCUGUGGCUGUCAUCAGUGGCGAGGAGGACUCAGCCAGCCCGCUGCACCACAUCAACCAUGGCAUCACCACGCCCUCCUCGUUGGACGCCGGGCCAGACACGGUGGUCAUCGGCAUGACCCGUAUCCCGGUCAUUGAGAAUCCCCAGUACUUCCGUCAGGGACACAACUGCCACAAGCCAGACACGUACGUGCAGCACAUUAAGAGAAGGGACAUCGUGCUGAAGCGGGAACUGGGCGAGGGAGCCUUUGGGAAGGUCUUCCUUGCCGAGUGCUACAACCUCAGCCCGACCAAGGACAAGAUGCUCGUGGCUGUGAAGGCCCUGAAGGAUCCCACCCUGGCUGCCCGGAAGGAUUUCCAGAGGGAGGCUGAACUGCUCACCAACCUGCAGCACGAACACAUUGUCAAGUUCUACGGGGUGUGUGGUGAUGGGGACCCGCUCAUCAUGGUCUUUGAGUACAUGAAGCAUGGAGACCUGAACAAGUUCCUUAGGGCCCAUGGGCCAGAUGCUAUGAUCCUUGUGGAUGGGCAGCCACGCCAGGCGAAAGGUGAGCUGGGGCUCUCCCAAAUGCUCCACAUCGCCAGUCAGAUCGCCUCAGGCAUGGUGUACCUGGCCUCCCAGCACUUCGUACACCGGGACCUGGCCACCAGGAACUGCCUGGUUGGAGCCAAUCUGCUGGUGAAGAUCGGGGACUUCGGCAUGUCCAGAGAUGUCUACAGCACUGAUUACUACAGGGAAGGGCCAUGCCAGAAGGGCCCGAUCAGCGUGUCAUGGCAGCGCCAGAGGCUAGCAGCGCCGGCAGCUUCCACACUCUUUAAUCCAUCUGGAAAUGAUUUUUGUAUAUGGUGUGAGGUGGGAGGACACACCAUGCUUCCCAUCCGCUGGAUGCCCCCUGAAAGCAUCAUGUACCGGAAGUUCACUACGGAGAGUGACGUGUGGAGCUUCGGGGUGAUCCUUUGGGAGAUCUUCACCUACGGAAAGCAGCCAUGGUUCCAGCUCUCGAACACAGAGGUCAUCGAGUGCAUCACCCAAGGUCGUGUGCUGGAGCGGCCCCGGGUCUGCCCCAAAGAGGUGUAUGACGUCAUGCUGGGGUGCUGGCAGAGGGAGCCUCAGCAACGGCUGAACAUCAAGGAGAUCUACAAAGUCCUCCACGCUUUGGGGAAGGCCGCCCCCAUCUACCUGGACAUCCUUGGCUAGCGGCAGCUGGUGGUCACGGACGCGUACUCUGUGGCCUCCCUCUCCUGGCCUCACAUCGCCCCUCGUCCACCUCACACUCCUUUCUUCCAUCCUGACCGAAGCGAACAUCUUCAUAUAAACUCAAGUGCCUGCUACACAUACAACACUGAAAAAAAAAAAAA